AUGACGCGCCUCAACCUCACUAUCCGGCGUCGCACGCCCGCCGACAUCCCCGCCCUUGGCGAUCUGUUAGUCAAGCAACGGCCGGCGACGGGCUACCCCGAAAUCUGGCCGCUACCCAUGCCCCUGCCCGACUUCUUGCAGAGGGACCACGAGGACGGCGCGUGGGUCGCCCUCCUCAACGACACGGUCGUGGGCCACAUCGCGACGGCCCAAGUCGUCGAGGCGUCAGACAUCGGGCGCAGCGGGAGCACGUCUGGGCUCGGGCCGGUGUGGGCAGCGGCAUACGCGUGUGCGACCGACAGGUUGAGAUGUAUCGGCACCCUGUUUGCCGAUUCGGAAUACGCGGGCGCUGGAAUCGGCUCAGCACUCCUUCAGGUAGCGAUGGAUGAUGUGGCCGCCAAAAACCUCCUCCCAGUCCUCGACUGCAUCAAGGAGAAAACACAUGUAGUCGAGUUUUACAAGCGCCGCGGUUGGGUCGUCAUCGACGAGCAGCCGGCGCCGUGGAGUCCCCACAGGCGGAUCGAUGUCGUGCUCAUGAUCCAACCAGCCCUUAAGCCCCAAAAAACCACUGCCGAGGUUGAGGUCGAGGUCAUCACAACACCAGUCGAGGUCGAGGUAACGGCAUAG